AUGCAAUGUGUUACCACGGUCCACUUCCAAUUAAAUUUGAAUGGUGAAGCUACUCCUUCCUUUGCUCUUGAAAGAGGACUGAGACAGGGUGACCCUAUUUCCCCUUAUUUGUUUGUGUUGUGUCUUGAGAAAUUAUCCCAUCUAAUUAGUGAGGCUGUUGUAAAAAAGGAGUGGCCAGCAGUCAGUAUCUCUAGAACUGGUCCUAAGAUUUCCCACCUUUGUUUUGCGGAUGAUUUACUCCUUUUUGCUGAAGCUAGUAUGCGACAGGCAAGAGUGAUGAAGAGAUGUCUUGAUAAAGCUUCUGGUCAGGUCGCCAAUAUUGAAAAAACUAGAAAACCCACCCGCUCUCUCGCUGCGCUCUCUUGGCAAUUACCGAAUGAAAGAGUGAUUAAAAUCAAUACUAACAGGUGCAGAAAAGGUGAGGAUGGACGCAAUGCUGAUGUGGGUGUACUAAGAGAUAGUUAUGGGCAGUGGAUUUGCUUUGCUGCUAAUCUUGGUGUAGGACAAGUCUUGGAAGCUGAGUUAUGGGGUAUCUAUCUUGGACUGAAAAUUGCUUGGGAUAUAGGUUGCAGUGCAGUUGUGCUUGAGUCUGACUCAGCGAUCGCGGUACACCUGCUUAACAAAAAUGUGGAAGACCUUCAUCCUCUUGCUGCUAUGUUGUGGGGAUGCCAAGACUAUAUAAACAAAAACUGGGUUUGUAAUUUUAUUAAUCAUGUAUAUCGUGAGUGCAACAUGGUAGCGGAUAAACUAGCUAAAUUGGGUUCAUAUCUUCAGUUGGGUCUGUCAACCUUCCAUGACCCCCCUAACAGUAUUAGGUCCUUUCUUAGUGAUUUACUUGGAGUCUGUAGGCCUCGAGCCAUUGUUUAA